GAAGUAGAGACAUAAACGGGAGCGAAUGGGAAGUAAGUGACCGGGACUCAAUGUGUUAACAUCCCAUACUGUGGAAUGCGUCAGGUACACGCUUCAGCUUCAGGUCUUUAUUUGAUACCAGCUCAAUCAUGACGGCCCACAUAUCUCUUCUCGUCCUCCAAGAGCGAACGACAAUCACCCUGUUGACGGUUCUCCUUCUGCUGGUUUUUGAAGUUCAUACCCAAGCCCGUCUGAAGCUGACUGUUCUGUCUGAAGAUCGGCUGCAGAUGAAAUGGAAGGAGGCGGAAGGGCCAGUGCAGGGUUACAAGGUCCGUGUGCGGCCCAUCACAGAGGUUCAACAGCCAGAGCUGAUGCUGACGACUACACGCGGCCGGGCCACGGUAGCAGGCCUGGACUCCAGACAGGAAUACCUCCUCCAAGUCCUGGUGCUCAAUGGGACACAGGAGAAACUCGUUGCAAAAAGACGUUUUACCAUCGAUGGGUUGCGUGAGGAAGAGUUGAUCCGCAGCGGGAACAGGGAGCAGAAGAAGAAAAUUCCCUCCAUUGGCUCUGGCUCUGGAGAAGUGGAUGACGUGACAGAGGCUCUAGCAGCCCUUCCCACUGUGGUCUACCGAAAACCAACGACUACAGAGCCUCCUGCUGUACCUGAGCUUGAGCCAGAAGUUGACAGAAGCCCUAAAGAAAAGAAAAAAAAGGACAAGAAUCGAUCCAAGACUGAGGAUAAAAAUGAUCAAGAAGAUAAUGGAGGGAAGUCAGUGAGAGAAGAGGUUACCAACACCAACAAACCAAGAAAAACCACCCCAACCCAGCCUGUCACAGCUGUUUCCACACGAAAGCCCUUUGAAUGCAGUGCUGGCGUUCAGGCAGAUCUGGUCCUUCUGGUGGACGGAUCCUGGAGCAUCGGCCGCACAAACUUCAGAAAAGUGCGUGACUUCCUGGAGGGCCUGGCUGUCCCCUUUUCCAUCGGCCCACAGGGCGUGCAGAUAGCAUUAUCUCAGUACAGUGGAGAUCCACGCACAGAGUGGCAUCUGAAUAACUUCACCUCUAGAGAACCGCUUUUGGAGGCCAUCAGGAACUUCAGAUACAAGGGAGGCAACACUUUCACUGGUCAGGCUUUAAUCCACGCUCUUGAGAACAAUCUAAAGGAGGAGGUAGGGGCACGGCCUAACACCCCACAAUUCCUUCUGCUGUUGACUGAUGGGAAAUCUCAGGAUGAUGCCAUUGCUGCAGCCAAUAGGCUGAAGAAUGCCGGCGUGGAGAUCAUUGCUAUAGGUGUGAAAAAUGCAGAUGAGGCAGAGUUGAGGCAGGUGGCGUCUGAACCACUGGAGUUAAAUGUAUAUAACGUGAAUGAUUUUCCUCUGCUCAGUAAACUGGUGGGAAGACUAGCACGCAUCCUCUGUGGCAAGAUUGAAGACCGUAUAAAAGCAAAGAGAAUGGAGCGACCCACUGAGGACCCAGUUCUGUCCUAUCCCAGCCCAUCUGAUCUGCAGUAUGUAGGGCUAGGCUCGCGAGAGGUGCGCCUGCGUUGGACGAGCCCCAGCAGAGGUCCCCAACAGUACAGAGUUGUGUAUCACACAGCUGAAGGACAGAGUCUGAAAGAGGUGGUGGUGAAUGGAACGGACUCCACUGUAUUGCUGACAGGACUGUCCUCACAGACGCAGUACCACCUGUCCAUCUUCCCCAUCUAUGAGAACAAUGUGGGCUCUGCUCUCAGAGGCACCUUCACCACGUUACCAUUGGCGAUACCUGAAGCUCUAGAGGUCACCGCCUCCUCCCCCAGCAGUCUGCGGGUGCGCUGGCAACCAGCCGCAGGAGCCACACAGUACAUGGCCUUAUACUCAGCCCUUAAUGAUGGAGAGCCUGAUGAUGCCAAAGAGGUGAAGUUUGGACCUGCUCAGACGGAUGUGGAGUUAGUGGAUCUGAUGCCAUCCACAGAUUACUCUGUCACACUUUAUGCUUUGUAUGAUGAGGACCCUAGUGACCCGAUCACAGCCAUCGGAACCACAAUCCCAUUGCCUUCUCCUCUCAGUUUGCAAUUUCCCAUGGUCAGUCAUAGCACUCUGAAGGUCACAUGGGUCCCUGGAGCUGUCGAUGUUCCUGCCCACCGCAUCAUCUACAGCACCAAUCACGGCAGUGAUGUCAAGCAGGUGGAGGUCAAAGGUGUGAACACAGUGUUGCUGCAGAAUCUGUCUUCCCUCUCCAGGUAUCUGGUAUCAGUCCAGUCACUCUAUGAAAAGGGCCUGUCCACUCCUGUCACAGCCAAUGUCACUACCUUGAGGGUCCCGGCUCCCUCAGAUCUGAGAGUCACUAAUUUCUCCGGCAGUGACAUAACGGUGCGAUGGGAAGCCGCGGCGGAUGAUGUGGUCUCUUAUCUCAUCAAAUGGAUCUCCCUCAAUGGAGGAGACCUCAGGCAGCUGACAGUAGAUGGAGAGAGUGAGGGGGCAAUCUUGGAAGAGGUUGAGGAAGAUAAGGAAUAUCAGAUUUCACUUUCUGCAUUAUAUGCCGAUGGGGCUCAGAGUGAGGCUGUGGCCAUACGAUACAGCACCUUGUCUGGAGGUGGUCCGAGCAGUUUAUCCAUCUCAGAGGAGACGGCAGUCAGUAUGCUGGUCACAUGGGUUCACCCCAACGCCCAUGUGCUUCAGUACCGUGUGUCAUACACUCCCAUCAAUGGGGAUACGAGGGAGAACACAGUGUCAUUGCCAGGCAGCUCUAGGCGCGUCCUGCUGCAGAAUCUGCAGCCUGACACUCGUUACAGUGUGCUGGUGACUGCCGAGUACCGCAGCAGAGAGGGCGGCAGUGCCUCAGCCCAGGGGAAAACCACCAGCCUACGGGUGAGCAGCGUGAGUGUGGUGCGGUCUGACCACUCCAGUAUUUGCGUGUCCUGGAGGCCCGUACCAGCAGUCAGUGGUUAUCGCAUAGUCGUCCAGGCCCUCAGAGAUAAACAGACUAAGGAGGAGAUAGUAGAUGCCACUAGCAGCAGUCACUGUUUCUCUGAGCUGCAGUCUGAAACGGUGUACCGCAUCAGUGUGCACUCCCGUCUGGGAACAGUAGAGGGCACUGCUGUUACCAUCCUUCACCCCACAGCAACUGCUCCGGUGAGAAUUCAGGUUCCUCCUCGUCUGCAUCCCAUACAAAGAGAAGUGUGUCCUGAGAUGACAGUCAGAAAUCAUGUGAUUAAAGGUUUCAACAUGAUGGAAGCAUUCGGUCUAACUCCGAGAGCUCAUUCUACUAUUGAGGGUGUGUCAGCUGAACCUUUCAUCUUCAGCACCUUGCCCAGUUACACCCUCUAUAGAGACGUACAGCUGACCCAGAGCACAGGCUUUAUCCACCCGGCUGGAUUUUCUCCAGAACACACCAUCAGCAUGGCAUUUAGGCUCUUGCAGGAUUCACCCCGGGAACCCUUCGCCCUCUGGCAGCUCACGGACAAUGACUUCCAGCCCAAGAUGGGGGUAGUGCUGGACCCUGAGAAGAAGCUUCUGCUGUAUUUCAGUCUGGACUACAGAGGAGAGAUACAGAAACUGACCUUUGACCAGCCACAAGUCCACUCGGUUUUCUACGGCAGUUUUCACAAGAUCCAUUUGUCAGUCAGUCAGGUGAGCGUAUCACUGUCUGUAGACUGCCAGCGGGUUGGUGAGAGGCCCGCGCGUCCCUUGGGAACUUUGCCUACUGAUGGCUUUGAGAUGCUGGGCAAACUAGUGAGGACACGUGGACCUCACAGCGGAUCUGCGUCUUUUCAGCUGCAGUCCUUUGAGAUUGUGUGCAACACUACUUGGGCAUCAGAAGACAGCUGCUGUGAUCUGCCCUCACAGAGAGACGAGGAGAGCUGUCCAGCUCCUGCUUAUGCUUGCACCUGCACCACCGACAUCCCUGGAGCACCUGGAGACAUCGGGCCACCUGGGAGACCUGGCCCUCGUGGGGAGAAGGGAGAAAAGGGAGAGUUGGGCCAAAAGGGUGAGGUGGGCCCACCUGGUAAACCGGGCCCUGAAGGCGGCUUUGGUACUCUUGGUCCUGCUGGUCCACGAGGGAUAACUGUAAUGGGCAAAGUGGGUCCACCAGGAGCAAGAGGGGAAAAAGGAGACAUUGGAAGGCCUGGGAGUCAGGGUUUACCAGGGCCUCCUGGUCCGAAAGGUGAAGAGGGCAUCCCUGGUCCUAAGGGGAUCAGAGGAGUGGAGGGUAACAUUGGCAGCCCAGGAAUCACAGGACCAAGAGGUUUCCAGGGUAUGCCUGGUCAUCCAGGGCCAGUGGGAGAGAGAGGGCCACUAGGUCCUGUAGGGCCCACCGGUCUUUCUGGAAGUAAGGGUGAGAGAGGAGAGAAGGGCGAGCCACAGUCUCUCACCAUGAUCUACCAGCUUGUUACACAGGCCUGUGAAAAGCUUGUGCACAAUGAAGUGCUAAAGUUGGAUGCUUUUCUGAAUGAGAUGAAUCGGAAGCCAGUGCCCAUCCAGGAACCAGUAGCGCCACCAGGAGAGCCUGGUAUACCAGGGGGAAGAGGGUCACCUGGACCCCGAGGCCCUCAAGGUCGACAAGGAAGCAGAGGGGAGCCUGGGAAACUUGGGUACCCUGGUGAGCAGGGACGCAGAGGUAUGCAGGGUGAGAAGGGGUCUCCGGGACCAAAUAUGGUGGGACCACAGGGAAUAAAGGGUUUUGCAGGACCUCCAGGUGAAGCUAAAACAGGGGAACCAGGUCCCAAAGGGGAGGAUGGUAAAACAGGACUUCCAGGUAUUCCAGGAGCUUCUGGUCAGCGAGGUGAAAUCGGACCCCCUGGUGUAUGUGACAACAGUGGAUGUUAUCAAGGACCCCCGGCUGCAGAGGAUCCAUACCUCGGAUAUCAGCCUUGAGUUGAAAGGUUUUUACUUCAGCACUGCAGAAUCCUCCGUAAAGUGAUUCUGCCAGAUGUUGACUUUGAAUGUGCCUUUUGAUGGACACUUUCUCAAGGUGGUAGCUGAUCUCAGCUCAAUACACCCAUUCUGAGACCACCAAAGCACUGAUCAUCCUUGACCCUGUCUGUGUUACCCAAUAUUCAAUGUGAUCUGCUGCUACGACACAACUGCAGAUUCAUGUGCAAAACUAUUUAUUCAGCACAGAAGAACUCACAGCACACUCAGACUCUAUUUUACAGAGACAGACAUUUUGGUAUCCAGAUGAGGAACUAGUUUGUUACUGAACAAUAUCCGCACUAAGAAUGUUUCAACUGUUUUACUUUGUUUAUUUUAUUGUAUUUAAUGCAUUAUUUGUGUUUUAAAUGUAUAUUGUUGAAGGCAUAUUACUUUCAAUAUUUUCCAUUCCAGUUUCUUGAUCUCUUUCAGGUUUUUGUAUCAAGUGUUUUUUUUUUUUAAAUAAGAAAUAUUUUGCAAGAGCAAUACAUCUGUUAAUAUGAAAUACACUGUGAUAUUAUAUUAAUUGUCUUUUACAUAUGCAGAAGUGCUGUUCAUACAUAAUAUUUUAUAGGAUUAUACUAAGUGAAAUGGUCUUUUGUUUUUGCUAAUACAUGUUUAUGUAAACCUGUAUGGAAUGAAACUGUAAAGAUCAAAAAGUUGAUUCAUGGACCUAUCAUGCUGUCAAUGAAAUUUACUGUUUGGCAUUCAUCUUGGUUCCAGACAAAAUAACUAGUUAUCACUGCUCUUUACAAAAUACCAUUUUCACAAGCAUAAUUUUAGUAUGCAAGCAGUAGUGAAAAAACAUUCAUAACAUGUAAGAUCAUUUCAUGAACUUUUAUUGGCAAGCAUAUAUAUAUAUAUUGUAAUAUAUCUUCAAAUGACAUGCUUAACCGAUCAAAUCAACAUAGCACAAAAUCGAUGAGUAUUUCAGGAGGAAAGCCUUUUAUUUCAGUGUAAAUGACAGAUGUCAGUGCAAUUAUUUGUCGUUAUAAUUGCCAGAAGUUGUACAAACUGCAAAGAACUAUUUUUUCCAUUAUUGUUUUUAACUGUGUGUGCCCCUCAAAGGGUUAAUUACUAUUAAAUGCUGUAUAUUUAAUUCGUAUUUGUAACAUUUUGCUUACAACUUCGUACAGUAUUGAUUUCGUAAAAACUCACAAGACAGUAUCCAUUCCCAAUGUAAAGUGUAUCCAACAGAACUUAACUGCAAAUUAAAAAUUUAAACAUUUAUGCCUAAA